AUGGAUCACUCACAAUUCAAGGCAUUGUUCGAGGAAUUGCAAGUACAAAAUCAACAGAUUUUGAAGCAACACCAAGAAGAAAAGAAUUUGAUGCAACAGCAUAUGAAACAACAGCAGAAUCUGAUUGAGCGCAUUCUUCAAGGUCAACCGGCACAGAUUGCAGAUCAAGCCGUUCUUGCUCAAGAUUCAACAGCAUUUAAAGUUAAAUGUUUGGCCGAUUCUAUGGUCAAUUUUGAAUAUGACCCAGAUAAAAAUCAAACGUUUGAGGCUUAUUAUGAACGGUAUGAGUCGGUUUUUACAAAUCAAGCAGAGUGUCUGGAUGAACCGACAAAAGUUUAUCUUCUUUUCCAAAAAUUCAAUCAGGAACAGUAUCAACGUUAUGCGGAUUCAAUAUUACCUCUUAAACCACAAGAUUGUACAUUUGCUAAUACUGUGACAACACUUAAGAAACUUUUCGGUUAUAAAGAAACAAAGUUCGCAAUGCGUCAUAGGUGUUUUAACCUCGCAAAGUUAGACCAUGAGGAUUUUAGCAUGUAUGCCGCUCACGUCAAGGACUCGCUUAUCCUGGAAAAGCUUCUAACGAAAGUUGACAAUCAGGAUAUAGAGUUGGAGAGGGUAACAGAUGCGGCUGCACGUGCAGAGGUUCACAAGCUAAAUUUGCAGGAUCUGAUCAACGAAGCCGAGCGUAUAAUUUGUUUGAAGCUUGACAAGGGUAAAGUUGGCGAGGCAUUCGCUGCUCAAGAAGUUCAUUCUGUUCAACAAAAUAAAAACUCAAAGUCAUUAGUCAACAAAGACAAGUCAAUGGUUCGGAACCAAAGAAACGACACUCCUCGCUUGGCCUGUUUUCGUUGCGGCGAAAUGCAUUGGAGUGAUAAUUGUCCAUGCAAGGACAAGCAGUGUGGCGAAUGUAAUGAAAAAGGGCAUAAGACAGGUUUCUGUGCUUUUAUGAAAAAUUUCAAGGGAUAUAAAUCAUCCAGCAAGAAAAACCACAGUUCGAAUCUAGUUGAAGCUAACGUUCACGCAAUCUCUAACCGAAAGUAUAUCAGUCCAGUUGUAAACGGAACUGUAAUCAAAUUGCAGGUUGAUACUGCUUCCGAUAUAACAAUCAUAUCAAAAUCAAAUUGGAUUUUAAUCGGACAACCAAUGCUGUCAUCUGAAAUACGCACCAAUGCCACAAGCGCAUCAGGUGCUGCUAUUCCAAUUUUGGGUGCCUUCAAUUGUGGCAUUAAACUAAAUGGGAAGGAAAAACGCGGAAUUUGCUACGUUACAUCACUUGAAUUGAAUCUUUUUGGCAUACCUUGGAUUACUUCUUUCGAUCUUUGGAGUGUUCCCUUUGAUUCUGUUUGCAAACAUAUAAAAUCAACUGGUGAUGACUUGGCUAUUGAAGUUUGCGAAAAAUUUCCGCAGCUUUUUUCCGAGGGACUUGGCUGUUUCAACAAAGGAAAAGUUUCUCUGAAGCUCAAGCCUGGAGCCCAUCCAAUAUUUCGGAAUGCUCGACCAGUUCCGCAAGCAGCUCGCGAACCCAUUUCAAUUGAACUGGAACGCCUUCAACAUCUUGGCAUUAUCAGUCCAAUCAAGUAUUCCCAAUGGGCAGCACCUAUCGUGGUUGUUAAAAAGAAGAAUGGCAAAUUGCGAAUCUGUGCUGAUUAUUCAACUGGUCUUAACAAUGCACUUGAGCCAAACAUGUACCCUUUGCCGACACCCGAUAUAAUUUUCGCUAAGUUUGCAGGAAAGACAAUAUUCAGUACCAUAGAUUUGUCCGACGUUUUUUUUCAAGUCGAGGUUGAUGAUGAUUCCAAGGAAAUUAUGGCAAUCAACACUCACGUUGGAAUGUUUAAAGUAAAUCGCCUUCAGCAAGGAGUCAAAACAGCGCCUGGGGAAUUCCAAGCCAUAGUUGAUAAAAUGCUCAGUGGAACCUCAACAUUUGGUUUUAUCGAUGACAUGAUCACAGCAGGAGAGAACCUUGACGAUCACAAACAGCAGCUCUUCAAGACGCUUGAACAGCUUCAAAUUUAUGGUUUUAAAUUAAAUAUUAGCAAGUGUUGUUUUGGCAAGUCGUCAGUUAACUUUUGCGGCCAUAUCAUCGAUGAGAAAGGCAUCAGGCCAAAUCCUGAAAAAAUUUGGGAAGUUCAAUCAGUUCCUCAACCUAAACACGUUAGCCAAUUGCGAUCAUUCCUAGGUUCAGUGAACUACUACGGCAAGUUUAUCAAGUCAAUGAAGCAGUUGAGAGGUCCAUUGGAUGACUUAUUGAAGAAAGAAGCAAAAUUUGAAUGGCAAAGCAUUCAUAAAGAAGCAUUCGAUCAACUGAAGAAGAUUUUGUCAUCAGAUUUAGUUCUUACGCAUUUCGACCCAAGAAAAGACAUUGUACUGGCUACUGAUGCAUCAAAAGACGGCAUGGGGGCAGCAUUAAUGUAUCGUUUCAAGGAUGGAUCUCUUCACCCAAUAAUGCGUUUUGCUGCAACAUUCAAUGAAGCUGAGAAAAAUUACUCUCAAAUCGAAAAGGAAGCUCGUGCAUUCAUAUUUGGUUUGAAACGAUCUCACAUUUAUAUCGCAGGUCGACGUUUCUUCGCUCAAGUCGACCACAAGCCCUUGCUCGCUAUCUUUGGAUCAAAAAGUGGUAUCCCAGUUUAUACGGCUAACCGUCUACAACGCUGGGCGCUCAUCGUUUUAGCUUACGACAUUAAUUUUGAGUUCAUCGGUACAAACAGUUUCGGAUAUGUUGAUGUUGUAUCCCGACUGAUGUCUGAAUACACCAAACCCGACGAAGAUACUGUCAUUGCAUCUAUUUCGUGGAGUAAUGAAAAUGUAGAAGAUAUAUCUUGUUUUGCCAUUCAAUCAGCAAAACAGCUACCAAUCACAUUCAAAGAUAUUCAAGUAGCCACCAACGAUUGCCCGACACUCAAAAAGGUCAUUGAAUUUGUAUCGCAAGAUAAAUGGCCCAAGUUUUGCAAGCAAGUAAAAGAAAUUGAGGUAGCCGCUUUCUUUCCAUAUCGCUACGACUUGAAGGAAGCCCAAGGUUGUUUGUUCAGAGGCGAACAAAUUAUUAUUCCGUUCAAACUGCGUAAGAAAAUAAUUGGAAGUCUUCAUGAAGGUCAUCCAGGUGUGUGUCGUAUAAAGCUGUUGGCUGCCGACAAAGUGUUUUGGCCAAGAAUGUCUAAAGAUAUUGAACAGAUCGUGAAAUCGUGUGAUAGCUGUGCUAAGGCAGCGAAAACACCAAUCAAGUGCACUCUGCACCCUUGGCCAAUGCCAAUAGCACCAUGGAUUCGAGUUCAUCUCGAUUACGCUGGUCCAAUAGACAAUUAUUACUUUCUGAUUAUCGUCGAUGCUUUUAGCAAGUGGCCGGAGAUUAUCAAAACUAAAGUAACCACCAGUGAAAAAACUGUUGAUAUGUUUGAUGAUGUAAUUGCGCACCAAGGUUUAUGUGAAAUUUGUGUCACCGAUAACGGACCACAGUUUGUUUCAUGUACAUUUGAAGAUUAUUGUAAAUUUAAAGGCAUCAAACAUUUGACGACCUCAUUUUACAGUCCACAGUCAAACGGUCAGGCAGAACGAUUUGUAGAAUUAUUUAAGAAAGGAAUUGGAAAGGCAGCAGGGAAUAUUGACCAGAAGUUACGCGAAUUCUUGUUUUCAUAUCGAUAUACACCUUCUUACCAUCUUGGAAUGAAAUCGCCGUUUGAAUUGAUGACAGGCCGUCCGAUGCGAACAAAAUUAGAUCUUCUGAAGCCAAAAAACCUUUCAAAUUCGAUUUCAAGCACGAAAAUGGAAGAUCAAUUUAAUUACCACCAUGGUGCGAAAUGGAGAGAGUUCAAUGUUGAUGAUGAGGUUUACUAUCAGCUUCAUUCAACUAGCAAAGUGUGGGAAUGGGUUCCAGGUAUAAUUAAAAGUCGAAAUGGGGCUGUCAAUUAUACUGUGGAUGUUAUAACACCUUCGGGUAAUCGCAUUGUCAAGGCUCACGCUAACCAACUUAAGCGCCGUUACUCUAAAAAUGAAAUGCUAGAGUGGUUCAAAUUGCCAGAUUUCGAAGACAAUCUAUCACUAAAAGCUGCAGCUUGA